GCGCAUCUUGGCUCGUGUCGGCUUCCGUCCCAGAUGAUCCCUCCCCCUCCACCACCACUCCCCGGUCGUCGUCGCUAGUGGCGUAGCCGGGUGUUGUUCGAGAGCCGCGUCAGCUGCUGCCUCGGAGUCGCCGCCGCCGCCGCGGGUGUGAGAGCGGAAGCCAGUCCGGGAGAGCCAUGGGGGACGCGUCCCUCAGCCCCCUUCGCGCCUAUUAGGUGCAGCACCGCCUCCUUCUCCCCGCCCCGGUCUGGAUAGGAGCUGCUGGAGGAGCCAUGGACAAAGCCGUCGGGGGCCAGAAUGUGAAACUGUCUGCUGAAGUAGAACCAUUCAUUCCUCAGAAGAAGGGUCCUGAUUCACUUAUGAUGCCCAUGGCGCUGCCUAAUGACAGUGGUGGUGUUGGUGUGGAACCAGCUCCUAUUCCCAGCUAUCUGAUUACCUGCUAUCCAUUUGUUCAAGAAAACCAAUCCAAUAGGCAACUUCCGCUAUAUAACAAUGACAUGAGAUGGCAACAGCCUAACCCAAAUCCUGCUGGGCCCUACCUUGCUUACCCCAUUAUAUCUGCUCAGCCACCUGUUUCUGCAGAGUACACAUAUUACCAACUGAUGCCAGCACCAUGUGCUCAAGUAAUGGGUUUCUAUCAUCCAUUCCCGGCACCAUACACGGCACCCUUUCAGUCGGCAAGUGCCAUAAAUACCGUGGCAGCGGAGUGUGCAGAUCGCCCGACCCAGCCAAGUCAGGUCUUUUCGUUGGGUGGCCAGAGGAGCAAAAGUGCCAACAGGGGGCCAGUUGUGCAAAAACAGCAGCAGCCUUCGCAGACCCACAUAAAAAGUAAAAGGCCUCCAGUGAAAAGUGUUGCUACUCAGAAAGAAACAAGUGCAUCGGGCCCAGAGAACAGGCCGAAAAUUGUAUUGCUGGUCGAUGCUUGUCAACAAACAGAUUUCCCCUCAGAGAUUGCAAACAAGUCUCUUUCGGAGAGUGUGACCGCAGUACACUGGAAACCCAAAGGCAGGCGGCGGCGAACCUCCCACCCGGCAGAAUCUUCUAGCGAGCAAGGGGCAAGCGAAGCAGACAUUGAUAGCGAUAGUGGCUACUGCAGUCCCAAACAUAGCAAUCAGGCAGCAGCUGCAACCUCAAGAACUGCAGAAUCUCCUGGAACAAAUAUCAUUGAGCCAUCAAUACAUUCAGCUGGUGUCAGUUGGGCAAACGUCAGUUCCCAGGCAACACAGAAGAAACCUUGGAUAGAAAGAACCCCAGCUUUUUCAAGAGGAGGAAGGCAAGCUGAGCCGAGCAGUUAUUCACAGCCCGCUUUUAGAUGCAGGGGACAUAGCACAUCUUCAGAAAGAAGGCAGGACUUGCAGAAGAAACUUGAGAAGCCUGUGACCAUAAGCCAGUCUAACAGAACAGAGCAGAGUCCUGAGCCUCUCUAUUUUGAGGAUGAAGAAGAAUUUCCCGAGUUAACUAGUGACAAUGGGAAUUCUAAAGGUGGUAACAUACAGCAAAAACAUCCACCCAAAGUGUUGGAUGACUUACCUGAAAACUCUCCAAUCAACAUAGUACAGACUCCAAUUCCGAUCACCACCUCUGUUCCCAAACGGGCAAAAAGCCAAAAGAAGAAAGCCCUGGCAGCAGCACUGGCCACAGCUCAAGAAUAUUCAGAAAUUAGCAUGGAGCAGAGGAAAUUACAGGAAGCUGUUUCAAAAGCUGCUGGAAAGAAGAGUAAAACACCUGUGCAGUUAGACUUGGGGGACAUGCUGGCAGCUCUUGAAAAACAGCAGCAAGCCAUGAAAGCUCGCCAGAUCACAAAUACCAGGCCCCUCUCCUACACAGUUGGCAGCGCUGCUCCCUUCCAUACCAAAGAACCUGCCAAUCGCAAAUCUCUAACUAAAGGACAGCCAUCAGUGGGUUGCCUCAAUCCUCUGGACUCCACUGCCCCCAAAGUGAAAAGAGGGAAAGAGAGAGAACUCUCAAAGCUGAAGCGCCCCACAGCACUUAAAAAGAUCAUUUUGAAAGAGAGAGAAGAGAAGAAAGGCCGCUUAUCUGUGGAUCAUAGCCUUUUGGGAGCUGACGAAGAGCAAGAAGUGAAUCUGACUCUGACUUCCAACCAGUCCGAAGAACUAACAUCUCAAGAAGAAACCGGCCUCAGUGUGCCUAGCGAUACCUCGCUGUCUCCAGCAAGCCAGAACUCUCCCUACUGCAUGACUCCAGUGUCUCAAGGCUCACCUGCCAGUUCCGGAAUAGGAAGUCCAAUGGCAUCUUCAACCAUAACCAAAAUUCACAGCAAGAGAUUCAGAGAAUACUGUAACCAAGUCCUAAGUAAAGAGAUUGAUGAGUGUGUGACUCUCCUGUUGCAAGAGCUUGUCAGCUUCCAAGAACGGAUUUACCAAAAGGACCCCAUGAAAGCCAAAGCAAAGAGGAGACUGGUGAUGGGCUUGCGUGAGGUUACAAAGCAUAUGAAGCUAAACAAGAUCAAAUGUGUUAUCAUUUCUCCCAACUGUGAGAAAAUCCAGUCUAAAGGUGGAUUGGAUGAGGCUCUGUACAAUGUGAUAGCCAUGGCACGGGAGCAAGAAAUCCCUUUUGUCUUCGCCCUUGGACGUAAAGCUCUUGGUCGCUGUGUGAACAAGCUCGUUCCAGUGAGUGUGGUGGGAAUCUUCAAUUAUUCGGGUGCAGAGAAUCUCUUCAAUAAGCUGGUGUCACUAACUGAGGAGGCCAGGAAAGCUUACAGAGACAUGGUGGCAGCAAUGGAGCAGGAGCAGGAAGAAGCCUUGAAGAACAUUAAGAAGGUGCCCCACCAUAUGGGGCAUUCUCGGAAUCCUUCUGCCGCAAGCGCAAUUUCAUUCUGCAGCGUUAUUUCAGAGCCCAUCUCGGAAGUAAAUGAAAAGGAAUAUGAAACAAAUUGGAGGAACAUGGUGGAAACAUCUGAUGGGUUGGAGACCUCUGAAAACGAAAGAGAGGCCUCUUGUAAGGCUGCAGCUCCAGAAAAACCUGGCAGUGAUAAGGCAGCUGUGGCUAAUAAGCAGCUAUCUCUAGCCACUGCUGGGUUUGUCAUUGUUGCACCUCAUGGGAAGGCACUAAGCGGAAAAGAGGAGGUGAAACCAGAUGACAAUCUGGAAUGGGCCUCACAGCAAAGUACAGACACGGGAUCUUUGGAUGGUAGUUGCAGGGACAUUUUGAACUCCUCCAUGACCAGUACGACCAGUACCCUUGUCCCAGGAAUGCUUGAAGAAGAAGACGAUGAAGAUGACGAGGAUGAGGACGACUACACUCAUGAACCUAUACCUGAAGAAGUUCAGCUCAACAGCAGAAUUGAAUCUUGGGUCUCAGAGACUCAACGGACCAUGGAAACUCUUCAGCUGGGGAAGAGCCUUAAUGGUGCAGAGGAUGAGAACGUUGAACAAAGCGAGGAGGAAGAACUUGAAACUCCUGAGCAAGUUGAUUCAGUCAUCGAUAGUGAGGAAUGGACAACAGAUAAGCAAGGAAGUAAAGCCCAACAGAAGCCUGCUGUCUGCAGUUCCCUGGAAACAAAGCAUACAGACUCAAAUUAUAUACCAUAAACAUAAGCACAAACUCAGGAGACUUUAAUAUUUUAAAACUAACUGUUGUAAGGAUUGCAGCCAUUGCUUUGUGUGCUUCAUCUCAGCAUUUUGCACUGUGUAAUGUUUAAUAUGCAUAUUUAAUUCACAACAAAUACUUUUUUGUUAGCUGUCUAUCUUUUCCAUUAAGAAUGAGCGUUUGUGUGAGAGAAUCUCUGUGUCUCCCAGAACAGAUGAGGAGUGUGGAAACUAUCAAUAGGUAUUGACUUGGGCAUGAUUUUGUACAAGAAAAAUAAUUAUAAAUGACCAUUUUCAUGUACAAACUUAAAACUUUAACAUUCUUACCUACAUUUUAGCCUGGCAACAGUAACCAGUAUUUGCUGCUUUGCAACUUUAUUCCAAAAGGAUUUGGCCAUAUAUUUUACUGUACCAGAAUUUAGGCCAGAAUGAGAGGGGUUUAAAGAUGCCAUUGACCAGAUUGCAAGCUUUGCUGAUGGCUCAUGUGUAUCUGACUCCAUGCAUCUCUCUACUGGCCUCUUAAGAUAUGUGUUUCAGAAAUGGACUGUUGAAAUUCUGGCUAUAAUAUGCUAAAACCAUUUGGCAAGUCACUUUGGGAAGGAGAUAAAUCCAUUUUCCUUUCCAUCUGACUGUGUUAACACUGUCAUUGUACCUGCAGGACUACAACAAGGGACCCAUUAACCACAGCAACUUUUCCACUGUUCUGCUUAGUUAACAUGCCUAUUUCUCAGUUCUUUCAUUCAUCUCAGGAAUACCAGUAUGUAUUCAUAAUGCUAUGUAAAUACAAAAACCCAAGAAUUGGAAAGUGCAGCAGAAAGUAAGAGAGACACAGGGGUUCAGUUCAUUGGGGGGGGGGGCAGGGGGUGAAUUGAGUAUUAGCAUAUGUUGCUCCUGAUCACCACCUGCAUUUUUUUUUAAAGCUUGGGAUCAGUCAUAAGACACGGUUCUUGUUUUUGCGAACUCUUCCAUUCUGUGGCAUUUUGUCCCUGGGAGCAGCUUUUCAUAAUGGUGAGAGAGAGAAUUUACUCGGAGGGGAAUCCUUUGAUUGGGGGAAGUUUCAGGCUGCUUUACUGUGGAAUAUUGAAAAUGAAAGACUUAAGACUUGCAUGCUCAGUCUGUUUUCCCCCAACAUUGCCCAUUUAUAGAGCAUUGCUGACUGUACCCAGAUAAGCUGCAUGAAUAAGACAUUUUUAAUGGUGAAUGUUGAAGAGUUGUGUUAAGUUCGUCAAUGCAAAAAUACAUGCUUUGUGAAAAUUGGAACUUCUGGUGAUAAAGUAUUUCACACUUAGGUUGUUCACUUCAUUUGGGACCAAUAGCUUUUGCAGUUUGAAAACUAGAUUUUUAAUAUAAUGUAUAGUGAGAAGAUCUAGUUCAGUGUGUUAAGAUCUAAUAGUGUCAACAAAUACUGAAGAAGGUAGCUGAAAAAGCCAGUCUCUGAGUAUUGUGCAUGUUUUGAUAUAUGACACUGCACAUGUUACAUAGGAAAGGUUAUGGAGAGUUCUGAUGUGAUACUCUCAUAUCCUGUACUCCUUCCCAGUUGUCCACAACUUUGAUUUUCUCUUCUCCCCUAUGCUUUUUAGUGCUAGUAGUUCAAACAUCUUAUUCCUGAAGCGUAAAACAAAACACUUGUUUCUUCUGAACACGUUGUCAUUUGGCAAUGUUGUGAAAUAAAGUAUAGUAUAUCCAGUUCUUCAGCUAUCAAUUUCCAGAGGGCUUCAAAUUCAGUAAAAGAAUUCUAGCACCUCACAAUUUGCUACCACAUGCAAAUUUGCCUGUCCAAAAAUUACCACAGAUUUCCUCAGGGUAAAUGGAACAUCCGUGAAGGAAGUGAUCCUUUAUGAAAUGUUCAUCGUUCUGAAGAGGCAGCUGAACCACCAGUUAGGAAUAGUGAGCAUGUGUGAGAGUGAGAGUGUGUGCAUGUGGCUGGGCCUGGGAAGCUGUGUUGGUUUCUAUUCCAUAUUAACAUGGAGCUUUUUCCAGUACUGUGUAAGGAGGUAUAAUAUGAUUCUGUCGCCUCUUGUAAUGAGCAUCCAUGUCUUGUUCCUUUUUGAGAAGUUUAUCUUAAUGUCAUAGUGGUGUGUUCUAUUUUAUUUUAAAGUAGCACUGUUUGUAUAUCUGCAUAAAAAGCAGUAUGUUCUUUCACACAGGGAGAAAAAAAACCACUUUCUUUGCUAUCAAAUGGGGUACAACUUUAGGACAAGUUCAGCAAAUAUUUGCUCUUUAAAAUACUGUUUAGUGAAUUUUAUUAGAGUUAAUGGCAGAAGAUGGGGAUUGCAGGGGGAGGGGGAAGUAUAUAAUGUUAGAACUUCCUUAAAAUUAAUUGUCUGAGGUGACUAUGUGUAGAAAGUAUUUAUAAAUGCCUCCAGUAUUUGUACAGAAAUAGAACUUACCAUGGAAAACUGAACACAAGGUGGGCAGAUGCACUUGGGCCUCCUGGCAGGCCAAACAAGAGUGUGGGAUGUCUAAGCUGCUAAUAUGCUUAAUUCUAAGUGUUUGUAUGAUGGCCAAUAAACCCAAAGAAGCCCAUCUGCUUCCCUCCCCCAUUUAAGUUUUAAAUGUGUGUUUUACAGAUUUGAAGCUUGAUCAUUUACUAAUAGUUGACCCACUGUUCUAAAAAUGAAAGAGGUUCUUUUGAUUGAUGCACUUGUUUGAAUUCUGAAUACAACACUGGGAGAUACAUUGAAAUGCUGGGCUGGGUGUACACAGUGUAACUGAGUCCAGUCGCAUACCUGGAAACUUUAAAUUUAAUAGAAUAUAAACAAAAAUUACUGUUUGGAAAAACUGUUGUUUGCUGAAAUUGUCAUAAGGUUCUUUGUGUGUGAAGUUGUGCCAACUAAUCAAGGUAUUUGGUCAAUUUACCAGAUUUUAAUCACUAAUUCAAUAUGAAGCCUUUUUUAAAACCGUACAUUGGAAUUAUACAGCUUUAUACCCAGUCCUGCCCCACAGAAACAGUAAGAAAAUGUCUAAUCUUAUACCAAUUAACACUUAAGAAGUCAACAUAACUGGUACAGCCCAAUUAAUGUUCGUAAGUGGUCAAUGUAUUUUUAAAGACUAAUAAAGUAAUGUCAAUCUUUGAUAUCUUUACAUUUAUAGUAAUAAAAUUUAGGAUGAAAAUAGAAAAUCAUUAUGAAAUUACACCGUGAACAGAUUGUCUGUUUCUCUUUUAUGAAGGAUAAUUGUUCUGUCUACCAUACUUUUUUGGAGUAAUAAUAGCUUUUUGCACUAUGUAAAUACUAGUGGGGGUUCUUCCAUAACAAAUAAAAAAUAUUGUUAAAAAAUA